AUGGAGAUAACGAGCCAAUACAAGUGGGUUGCGAGCUGGUGCGGUGUAGCCAUGGUCAUGUUGGUGCCAUGGAAAAUGUUGGAGUGGACAUGGCUAAAACCAAAGAGGCUAGAAAAGUACCUAAGGCAACAAGGUCUUACUGGCACAACCUACAAACUACCCUUUGGUGACACAAAAGAAAUCAUGAAUACCACACAGCUAGAGCCCAUGAAUCUUUCGGAUGAUAUCAUGCCUAGGGUCAUGCCCUUUGUUCAUAGGGCAAUUCAGAUCUAUGGCAAGAUUUUCUUUUCAUGGUUUGGACCGGUACCAACGCUUCACAUCAUCGAUCCGGAUGUGGUUCGAGACGUCUUAUCUCGUAUGAAUGAAUUUCAAAAGCCUAAGAAAAAUAAUCCAUACAUUGAAAUCCUUUCAACAGGCGUGAUCGAUUACGAAGGAGAUAAAUGGUCUAAACAUAGAAAAAUCAUCAAUCCUACUUUCCAUGCUGAGAAACUAAAGUUGAUGGUACCGGCUAUGUGUUUGAGUUGUCAUGAGAUGAUAAAGAGGUGGGAAACAUCAUUUUCGGAUGAGCAAUCGUUCGAGUUGGAUGUUUUUCCUCACCUUCAAACCUUAACCGGUGAUGUAAUUUCGCGCACUGCAUUCGGUAGCAGCUACGAGGAAGGAAAAAAGAUUUUUGAACUUCAGAAAGAAAUUGGUUUGUUACUGAUGCAUGUCUUGCAAUCGUUGUACAUUCCUGGAUUAAGAUUCUUACCAAACUCAAGAAACAAAAGGAUGGUGGAGAUUGAUGGUGAACUGAAGGGUUUAAUAAGAAGUAUGAUUGAUAAAAGAAUGAUUGCGAUGGAAGCGGGAGAAACUGGGCAGGAUGACUUGUUAGGCUUAUUAUUGCAGUCAAACUACGAUGAAAUUCAAAAGAGGGGAAACCAGAGAUAUGGAAUGACCAUCGAUGAGGUUAUCGAGGAGUGUAAACUUUUCUACUUUGCAGGCAACGAGACUGUUGGUAAUUUACUCGUAUGGACAAUGGUUUUACUUAGUCGAUAUCCUCAAUGGCAAGAGCUUGCAAGAGACGAAGCGUUUCAAGUAUUUGGGAACAACCAACCAGAUAUUGAUGGAUUGAGUCGUCUUAAAAUUGUAACUAUGAUAUUGCUCGAGGUUCUAAGGUUGUACCCCGCGGUUUCUGCAUUAUAUCGAACGUCAGUUGAUGAAACGAAGGUAGCAGGAGUAAAUAUUCCUGAAGGAACGUUGAUCAUAAUGCCAAUAUUAGCGUUACACCAUGACCAAGACACAUGGGGAGACGAUGCUUUAGAGUUUAACCCUACGCGAUUUGCGCUUGGUGUCUCAAAGGCGGCCUCUAAGGGACAACUUUCCUAUUUACCAUUUGGAGGGGGGCCUCGUAUUUGUAUCGGACAGAAUUUCGCUAUGUUGGAAGCUAAAAUUGCAUUGGUUAUGAUUCUACAACGUUUUUCUUUCGUGCUCUCUCCGUCGUAUUCGCAUGCCCCACAAUCAGUCAUCACUCUUCAACCUCAAUUUGGUGCCCAUUUGAUUUUGAAGAAAGUUGAGAAGAGUUGAGAAAAUAAUAUUACCCAAGGCUAGUAUCAAACUCAACUAUAACCAUCAUCUAAACGUAAAAGUUGUGAAUCAUCCGUUGUAAAAUCUUAUAAACUUGGUUUGGUUAGAUUUACGACUUAAUUCACAUGUCCAAUUAACUCUCA